GGUAUGUACAGCAGACGAAGGAGGAGAAGCCUGGAUGCGUACCUAUACAGAAGCCAUCUUGGCCAUCUGCUCUAACUGCUCCGAAAUAAGUCUCCGAAAUCGCUCCGAAAUUCGUUUUUAAAAUCGUGCUGUGUACUUAAUAGGUUUCUUAGUGAACUCGGGCUUCGUACUGUAGUCGUUGGAUAUUCAGAACGAAAUAACAAGUUGUUCACAAUGUUCUCUGUCUGUGAUCGCGUGAUUUUUGCGUAGUUUGUGAAACUUGUACGAGUACAAGAAUUUUCUGCAGCGUAGAACAAUGGCACCACGUCCAGGAAGAACACGUGUAUGGAAUCGAAUGUCCAAUAUACAAAUGGAGACCUUGAUCACCUAUAUGGAACAGCACACGUUGUUUGCAAGGGGACAAAUUCCUAAGCUUGGAUCUCAAGGUCAGGUUAAGUACAGAAAGAUGUGGAUGGAAUUAUGUACAACAUUGAAUGGAAUGGGACCUUGCAUAACUGACGUCAAGGGAUGGCAGGAGAAAUGGACUCGAAUGCGACUAUCAGCCAAAUCUCAAAAGGCGCAAUUCAAUAGAGCAUGGAAUAAGACUGGCCAUGAUGAGCAAACUAUUGUCUUAAGUUCAAACAAUGAAAGGAUUUCAGGCAUUUUUGGUAAAUAUGGAAGUGGUGUUAAUAUUGGACGAGAGCUAGGGUUCUCUAAGUGUACGUGGGUACGGAAGACAUCUCAAGAAGCACCUACAUGUCCACGUACAUGUGAUGAUGAGCUUGAUUGGCUUGAAGACUUUCAUUCAGUUUGCUUUCGAGUUUCUCCAAUUUUUCAAGAAAUUCCAAAGCACAUGGAAUAUUUCAUGAAGAUUUUUUAUGAAAAUCGUUGUUCAUCUAUUUUUCUUGCAAUGCAAAGGAAAAAGGGAAAGGGGAAGCAACCCAUCCAAAAACCCAGCCUCUCACAAAUGUUAGCUCUCGUAGACGUGAUCGAGCGGCACCUGGAGAUCGUCUUGGAUCAUCCUGGCGAUGAUACGAACCACGCUACCUGGGAGGUUGUGGCACUUUUUGCUAAUAAAGCAGACGAAGACGGCGUUCAAAAAAAUGGAAAGUCAUGGAGAAAGACUUGGUGCGAUCUCAUACUGUCAGCAAAGCAGAAUGUUUAUUUGGUUGAAUAUACGGCAAAAUCCAUUGCCAGAUCACCACAUGAAGGCGAUACAAAUUGUGACAAGAGCAGAGCAAGUAAAAUCUUUCUCAGCGAGACGCACUCAAGUACAGCAAAAUAAUGCUGUUGUCAGUCGAAGACUUUCUUCUUCUUCAGCGCUCAAGAGAGCAAGGAUGGAAGGCAAUCCUGCAGGAUUUGGAGACGAAGAUGGGCCAUCAACCAGCAGUGGAUACAGAAGUGCUACAAGUUACGUCAAUCGACAUUUGCCAACUGCAGCUUUGCCAACUGCAGCUCAACCCUCAUCACCUUGGAGUACAAAUAACG